AUGAAGGCGACCCGACUCAAAGAAGAAGAGGAGGAUGCGGGACGGGUGUCGACGACGGAGAAGGCAGAAGUCGUCAUACCCGCCCCCACGACCGGCAAGGUCGACCCGGAAGCGUGGGCCAGCCACUUCGAGUCUAUGGACGAGGACACGCGGCGGGGUGCGGAGCGUCGGCUCCUCCGCAAGGUCGACGGCCGCCUGCUCCCGAUGCUGAUCAUCAUGUACCUGCUCAACUUCCUGGACCGAUCGAACCUGGCGCAGUCGCGGCAGGGCUCUCUGGAGGCGGACCUGGGGAUGACGGGGACCGACUUCAACCUGGCCACGUCCAUCUUCUUCGUGGGCUACCUUCUCAUGCAGCUGCCUUCGAACCUGCUGCUGACCAAGGUGAGGCCGUCGCUCUACCUGAGCGCCACGUGCUGCCUGUGGGGGGUGGUGUCGACGUGCAACGCCGCCACCCGCAACUUCGGGCAGCUCAUCGCUGUUCGCUUCUUCCUGGGCUUCGUGGAGGCCCCCUUCUUCCCGGGGGCCAUCUUCCUCAUGAGCUCGUGGUAUAACCGCGCCGAGCUGACGAGGCGCAUCGCCUGGCUCUACUCCGGGAACGCGCUGGCAAACAUGUUUGGCGGGCUGCUGGGGGCUGCUAUCCUCGGAAACCUGGAUGGGGAUAUGGGCCUCGCUAGCUGGAGGUGGCUCUUUAUCAUCGAGGGUGUCGUCGCCAUCGCCUUUGCCAUGGUCACCGCCGUCGUCCUCCCCGACUACCCACACACGACGAGGUGGCUGAGCACGGAAGAAAAGGCCCUGGCCGCCUGGCGUCUGCUCCGAGACGUCAACGAGGUCGACGAGUACGACGGGAACCUGUCCGUCUGGCAAGGCACUCUGCUCGCCCUCAAGGACUACCGUCUCUACCUGUUUGUUCUACUGCAGCACGUCAGUCUGCUGUCCCAGAGCUUCCAGUACUUCUUUCCUAGUAUCCUGGGAACUUUGGGGUACGGCAAGGUCAACACUCUCUGGCUCACGGCUCCAGUCUGGUUCUCCAUGUUUCUCGUCUCCGUCGUCGUGACACUCACAUCAGCCAAGACGGCAGACCGAUCCCUCCACAUAAUAGGACUCAUGAUCCUGUCCGCCGUGGGCAAUGCCAUUUGCGCCGGCUCAUCUUCGAUCGGAGCUCGAUUCUUUGCCAUGUUUCUCAUGCCGAUGGGUGCAGUGUCAGCCUACCAAAUCAUCCUCUCCUGGGUGGCAAACUCCUUCCCACGUCCCCUGGCGAAACGCUCCGCGGCCAUCGCCAUCUGCAACAUGGUGGGCAACACGGCCACCAUCUACGGAUCGUACAUGUACGCCGAAUCCACGGCCCCGCAGUACCGUCCGGGCGGCAGCGCCGACGCCGCCAUCUGCGUGUGCGUUGCCGCCCUGGCCCUGGCCCUGCGAUACCUGCACAAGUGGGAGAAUAGGAAGCUCGAGAGGGCCGAGGACGAGCUGCGGGGGCAGACCGGUCCAGUGGGGGAGCCUGCCGUUGCUGCCGGGAAGGAUAGGAGGGCUAUCGGUUUCCGUUAUGUCUAUUAG